CACAAAGUGAAGAUAAGAAGGAAAUUAAAAAAAGUUUGGGACUUUACUCGCCCCUUUAUUAUGACUUCAGCUCAAUGAUACUGUUGAGAACCAAACCAAAUGGGUGGAGUGACGUCAUCCAUCGCCGCUAAGUUGGCUUUCUUCCCACCGAACCCUCCGUCGUACACGGUGGUCGCCGACGAGUCCUGCGCCGGGAAGCUUAACAUACCGGAGGUUCCCGCGAGGGAUACUGUCGACGUUUUGAAGCUGCGGACUCGAAAGGGCAACGAAAUCGUGGCCGUCCAUGUGAAGCAUCCAAAUGCGUCGGCUACUAUGCUCUACUCUCACGGUAAUGCCGCCGAUUUGGGGCAGAUGUUUGAGCUCUUCGUGGAGCUGAGCCUCCGGCUGCGUAUCAAUCUCAUGGGGUAUGAUUACUCUGGAUAUGGACGAUCAACUGGAAAGCCGUCUGAAUGUAACACAUACGCCGACAUUGAUGCAGUUUAUAAGUGCCUAAAAGAGCAGUAUGGUGUCAAAGAUGAACAGUUAAUACUGUACGGCCAGUCUAUCGGCAGUGGCCCCACCAUUGAUCUCGCAUCAGGUGUGCAGAAUUUGGGAGGGGUUGUUUUGCACAGUCCAAUCUUAUCUGGGCUACGAGUGUUGUACCCUGUUAAAAGGACAUAUCGGUUUGACAUUUACAAGGAUAUCGACAAAAUCAGUAUGGUGAGCUGUCUUGUUCUCGUCAUUCAUGGAACAGCAGAUAAAGUUGUUGAUUGCUCCCAUGGAAAGCAGCUUUGGGAGCUUUGCAAGGAAAAAUACGAUCCUUUAUGGAUAAACGGAGGCGGGCACUGCAAUCUUGAACGUUACACCGAGUACAUCAAACACCUGAAGAAGUUCGUUUUGAGUCUAGGCAAAUCAAAACCACCCGCAAAUCUUGCAACUACUUUUCAAAAAAUCAAUUUUAUUUUUCUUUACUUUUUGUACUUAGUUUUUUUUUUUUUUUUUUUAAUAAUACUUUUGUAUUUAGUUAUAUACUUUACCCAUAGAGGUAUUAAGAAAAAAAUUACAAUAUUUUGAUUUAUGAGAA